ACUCCGCAGAGACACUCGCUGUCAUGGUCAGGUCUGUAUGGUGCACACUGCACAGUCCACGGUCUGCCUAGAUGUGUCGAUGUUUUUGGGUACACUCUACUCUAUUCUGUUCACCGGAGUCCGGACAGUGGUUGGGAGAGCGAAGCGAAGAACACUCUUUGGUACCCUAGGUACCUACGUCUCUGCGGAGUCAACCGACAACCUGAAGGUAUCGACUCUCUUCGGAUUCAACCGACAACCCACGGAUACCGGUACUCUCUGCUCCAUCACCCGCGAUCCGUUUUCCGCCAACUCGAAACUUGACGGCUACCACCAAGUUUCAACGGCCACUAGGUACCUCACCAGAUUUCAUCUCGGUCCCGCAUUCUGCGGACUUGGGUACAUGGCUACACAAAAGCUGCCAGCUAGCUACUAUGAGAGCUGCUGCCUUCAAUCCGAACAUCUACACAGACAGGGUACCCCGCUGCCUGCACUGAGCGCAGCUGACUUUGACAUUUUCCUCGACCACUAAAUACACUUUCUUUUUGGAGGCAUCGGGGCGAAGUACAUACAUACAUGCACAGGCGAAAGACAAACGGGUACCCGGGUACCCGAUUACUGCGCGUAUUUAUCCCUACGUUCUCUAUUUCUGUGGCUAUUUCCGUCCAACUAAAGUAAUGUGCCAACUAGUGU